AUGACAGUAACUGUCUCACCUGCAGAAUUUAAUCACGGUAUAGAGAACGCCAAAGUCUAUCGUGCCGUGCACGUUCAAAAAGAAGAGGGUCAAUUUGUAAAUGGCACCUAUGUCAGAGUGAAAGGGAUGAGUUGGUUUGUCACAGCUAUAUUACUCAUUGGAGAGCUAGCUGGUGGUGGUUUAGUUACAUUGCCGGUAGUUACAGUAAGAACAAGUUUACCAGCCUGCAUAUUGUUCACGUUGUUCAUGGUCGUUUUGAUGACAUUUACUGCCGUUCUGAUAGGAAGAUGCUGGGUGAUGUUGAUUGAACGAUGGCCUGAAUAUCGAUGUCAUACUAGGAAACCUUAUCCUGAAAUAGCACGACGUGCUAUGGGAGAGAAGUUUAAGUAAGUACGGUACUGUAUGUUUUGGCAGUAAUUCAAACAUCGAAUUUUAUAAAGUAGGGUAGGGCAGGAUAGGGUAUGGUAGGGUAGGGUAGGGUAGGUACCAUUACUGUAUAAAUAAAGCUUGAAAGGCCAUCUUAUUUUUGAUAGUGAUAUACUAUUUUAUAGGUACAUAGUAAGCGUCUGCAUAGAUAUAUCACAAUUCGGCUUUACCGUAGUAUAUGUACUCUUAUCAGCACGUAACUUAUGUGACCUUCUAAAGCUGUUCUUCGAAAUCAACUUUAGCUACUGUUAUAUGGUAGUCCUACUAGCAGCUGUCAUAAUUCCUGUGACAUUUCUAAAGUCACCUCAAGACUUUUGGCAAGCAGUUAUCGUAGCCAUGUUUACAUCAACAUUUGCAGCUGCUUUUAUAGUAGCUGGUGGUAUUAUAGAUCAUGAAAAAUGUAACAGCCAUAAAGCUAUGCCACCGUUCAUACUGGACAAUCAUUUUUUGGCUGUUGGAACAUUCUUCUUUGCUUAUGCUAAUCAUGCUGGAUUUCCAACAUUACAGCACGAUAUGAAGGUACCAGCUGAUUUUAACAAGGCUUCGUAUUUUGCUUUUGGAUGUAAGUUAUUGCAACAUAGUCACCGUAUCUGUUGUCCCGUGCUUGUCUUGUCUUGUCUUGCUUUGCCAGGCCCUACUCUAUCCUGCCCUAUUAUCCUGGCCUACAGCACUCUAUUACGCCCUAUCGUACUGUACUUUACUCUAUCCUAUUCCACCGUAUUUUUCUGUACUUUACUGUAUUCAACCGAACCUUAGAGUGUUCUACCGCAUUCCACCGUAUCCUAUUGUACCCUACUAUACCAUAUCCUGCUCUGCCCCAAUCCUACUCUACUUGACCCUAUUUUACCUUAUGUUGUUUUACUUUAGCCUUUCCUUAACACUUAUGUUAAGCUUCUCAUAUAAAGUUUAUUUUAGUAACAACAGCCCUAUACCUACCAGUAUCAGUGAUAAGUUGGUAUACUUAUGGGGAUUCAGUGAAAGAUUCAAUUAUAAAUUCAAUCCAAAACAAAUGGCUUCAAGUUGGCAUCAAUAUUAUGAUUACAUUACACUGUAUAUUAACCAUAACAAUAGCUUCUAAUCCUCUAAACCAAGAAGCUGAAGAAACUUUCAAAGUUCCUCAACGUGAGUUUUAGAUACAUUAUUAUUUUAAAAUUGAAGGAGAAUGAAUCCUAAACGUAUUUUACAAAAAAAAAAUAACUUUCCAGACUUUGGAUUUCAAAGAGUCAUAGUACGAACCGGUGUUAUGAUGGUAGUGACGUUUGCUGCACUGUCAGUGCCACAAUUUGGUGCUUUAAUGGAUUUGUGUGGAGCCACUGGUAACAUGUUGACAGCUUUAGUAUUUCCAUGUUUAUUUUACUUACGCCUACGAGCUGGCGAAGACCAUGAAGCGAAGACUGGCUUUGUUGAAAGUGAUCAACUUUCUUGGAAAGAGUAAGUUAUAAAGCUAAGAAUGAGAGUAGAAUAGGGUAGUAUGGACAAUUAUACUCGAUUGCGGCCCAGUUGGGUAGAAGAGUAGGGAAGAGUAGGAUAAAGUAGCGUAGGGCACGGCAAGUCAAAACAAAGCAAUGGUGAGUAGAGCAAGAGGAGGCAUAGUAGGACAUGAUUAGGUAGCGUAUUGUAAGGUAAAGCAGCAUGGGGUAGAGUAAAAUAGGGAAGAGUAAAGAGAUACUGUUGAGUAAGGUAAAGUAAGCUAGGGUACUGUAGAAUACGGUAUGGUAAAAUAGAGUAGAGCGUUGUAGUAUAAGGUACUGUAAGGUACGGUUAGGUAAUGUAGGCUAGAGUGCUGUAGAGUAGGGUACUGUAGGGUAAGGUGCUGUAGGAUAGGGUACUGUAAGAUAGGGUAAAGUAAAGUAGGCUAGGGUACUGCAGGGCAAAGUCAGGUAACGUAGGGUAGGAUACUGUAGGAUAAGGUACUGUAGGGUACGAUAAGGUAAAGUAGGCUAUGGUACUGUAAGGUAGGGAAAAGUAGGGUAUUUUGUAAAAAAGUUAAAAUUUUUUAAUUUCAGGGUGAUUCAUAGAAGUCCAAAGACUCGUACUAUAGUAUGCCUGUCCAUAGCAGGUAAGUCUUCAACAACUUUCUACGUUACCUCUAACCAUAUACUAACAUAAAAUACAACAAACAUCAUUUUCCAGCCCUAGGCCUAGCAGUAGGAGCAAUGGCCACCUUCUCAGCCAUCAAACAGAUCUCAGUAACACACUUUGUCACUCCUUGUUACCUGCGGCUGUUCUUUAACUCAACUGAUGAGAGUGGAAACAGUAAUACGGCUGUGGAUUGUUGUGGGCAUUACCAAAACAUUACCGUAUUUGAUGGCAUACAAUGUACACCAUAUGUGUCACAUGGUUAUGAGUUAUGA